AUGAGUAAUGCAAACAAUAGUGCUAUGAACCACGUCACAUUGCCUCCCAUCUCGUCAUUCGACAACCUUAUCAAGGCAGCCGAGAGGCAAUACAACGGAGAGGCCUCGUCCGCUUCAACGCAUCCGGUUCUGCCUAACAUGAACAUAAGCAACGGCAGUGCGGGUGCAUCAUCAUCAAUGCUGAGCUAUCAGUUGCUUCCGCACUCCAACGACGUGUCUCGAUCGAACUCCAGCUCGAGCUUUCUUCCUUCCGUGCAACAGCCUGUAGAAGGGUCGGCUUCCACAUCGGAGACUUCUUCCUCUGCAUCGCCCUCACGUUCCAUUUCACCAAUCUUGAAGAUGGCAGCACCUUCAUCGGUCGGCAGUGCCGGGGCUAACACUUCCCAUAGCACGAAAAUUAAUAAGCCAAGAAAGAAGAAGCAAUGUCCGAUUUGCCGUAAUUUCUAUGCCAAUCUAACCACUCACAAAGCAACACACUUGACACCGGAGGACAGGCCUCACAAGUGUCCUAUCUGCCACCGCGGAUUUGCCAGAAAUAAUGACUUAUUGAGGCAUAAGAAAAGGCAUUGGAAGGAUGAAAUACUGUCCCAAUCGGGAGCACUUUCAAGCCCUAGGGAAGGUAAAAGCGGGUCUGUUUCCCCUAAUGAUGACGAUGCCCAUGAAAAAAUGACGCCAAUGAACUCUGUGACAGAUUAUGCGCAAUUGAAGUCGUUGCAUCAGAUCAAGGGUACGUUUAAAUGCCCAUUUAAUUCCACUUUGAUUCAACUGGAUAUGGAUAUGUAUCCGUAUAAACUGAAACCCCUAAAUUUUGAAACCUCAAACUGCCAUCAAACAGGAGUGUUUUCACGUUGCGAUACCUUCAAAAACCAUUUAAAGGCUUUGCAUUUCGAGUACCCACCAGGGACGAAGAAAAAGGAUAGAAAUGUUGUUCCUGGUAGAUGUAAGCAUUGCGGUCUAAAAUUUGAAAAUGUAGAUGUUUGGCUCAACGAACACGUAGGUAAACAAUGUGGCUACAAAUAUCAUUGA